GGCCCCCGCAUUCCGGGCAUAGCAGCGCCCGGGCCGGCCCCCGCUGCCGGCGGGACGCCCAGAGCCGCCGCCGCGCUCCCCGGGCAGGACCGCCGCCGCCCCGCUCCGCCAUGCCCCGGUGCCUCAGCGUGGCCGGUUGCUGCUAAGGUCCUUGGGGACGCCCUUCUCGGGUGGAAACGUGGCUUUGCCGACGGCGCGGGCGGAGAUGAGGACAGCGGAAGACUCGAACGGGACGGUCCUGCACCGCCUGAUCCAGGAGCAGCUGCGCUAUGGGAACCUCACGGAGAACCGCACGCUGCUGGCCAUCCAGCAGCAGGCCCUGCGCGGCGGCGGAGGGGCUGGUAGCCCCCGCUCCUCCCUGGAGAGCCUCAGCCCGGAGGAGAGCCAAAUGGUGCAGCAAUCCACGCGGCAGGAGCCCCAGGGCCAGGAGCAUCACUCCGACCACGUCUACUUGGAGAACAGCGUCUAUCGGCUCUGCCAGCCCCAGCACAAGGGCGAAGAGCUCCCCAGCUACGAGGAGGCCAAGGCGCAUUCUCAGUACUUCGCCUCGCAGAGGGGUGGGCAGCAGCCCACAGUGGCCAGCCCGGGGAUUCGGGGUGAAAACAGUCCGCGCGGGGCUGAGAGCGGCGCCCGACGUCCCGACGAGGGGCUGAAGGACCUGAAGCACGGCCACGUGCGGUCGCUGAGCGAGCGGCUGAUGCGGAUGUCGCUGGAGAGGAACGGGGCCAAAGCGCAGAGCCCCAUCAGCGCCUCCCACAGCUACCCCCAGCUCUCCCGCCACCACCAGCUCGCUGCCCUCCGAGUGCAGCACCCUGAGGGGCCCGAGCCGCGGGGACCCCCCCCGGAGUAUCCCUACGUCAUCCCAUCCCAGGACACUUACCUGGCUGAACCCCGACCCUGCUCCCGGGAAGGUCCUGGAUUUCAGCAUCCCGAAAUCAGGGUGCUGCCCACCAACAUCCCUGCCGCGUUCCUGCCGCCGCCGGGCACCCUGUGCCCGGGCAGCCUGGGUCCGGCCAGCGUGGAGGCCCUGGUGAGCGCCCAGGCGGUCUCGGCCGGCAGCCGGCUGGCCCGGGCAGACGCCGUCCUGCGGGAGAACGAGAGGCUGCAGCGGGAGAGCGAGAAGCUGCGGCGGGAGCUGGAGAGCUGCGCCGAGAAGGCCAGCCGCAUCCAGAAGCUGGAGAGCGAGAUCCAGCGCAUCUCGGAGGAUUACGAAAACCUCGUCAAGGCGUCUUCCAAGCGGGAAGCCUUGGAGAAAGCCAUGAGGAACAAGAGAGACGGCGAGAUGCGACGGCUCCAGGACUUCAACCGGGACCUGAAAGAGCGGUUGGAAUCGGCGAACAAGCAGCUGGCCAGCAAGACCCAGGAAAGCCAGGAGAGCAACCAGGGCAGCGUGGCCAAACUCCUGGCGCAGAGCUACGAGCACCAGCAGGAGAAGGAGAAGCUGGAGCGGGAGGUGUCCCUGCUGCGCAGCGCCAAUGAGGACCAGCGGCGGCGGGCAGAGCUGCUGGAGCAGGCGCUGGGCAGCGCCCAGGCGCGGGCGGCCAAGGCGGAGGCCGAGCUGCGGAAGAAGCGAGCCUACGUGGAGAAGGUGGAGCGGCUGCAGGCAGCCCUGGGCCAGCUCCAGGCUGCCUGCGAGAAGCGGGAGCAGCUGGAGCUGCGGCUCCGCACCCGCCUGGAGCAGGAGCUGAAGAUGCUGCGGGCUCAGCAGAGGCAAGCGGGCGCCGUGGGCGGGGGGACGCCGGAGCUGAGCGCCCACACGCUCUCCGAGCAGCUGAGGGAGAAGGAGGAGAAGAUCCUGGCCCUGGAGGCGGACAUGACCAAGUGGGAGCAGAAGUACCUGGAGGAGUGCACCAUGCGGCAGUUCGCCAUGGAUGCCGCCGCCACCGCAGCCGCCCAGCGGGACACCACCCUCAUCAGCCAUUCCCCGCGGCACUCCCCCAACAGCAGCUUCAACGAGGACCUCCUCCUGGCCAGCCACAAGCACCAGGAGAUGGAGAACAGGUUAAAAGCCCUUCAUGCCCAAAUCCUGGAGAAGGAUGCCGUCAUCAAGGUCCUGCAGCAGCGCUCGCGCAGGGACCCCAGCAAAACCCUCCAAGGCUCCCUGCGGCCGGCCAAGUCCGUGCCCUCCGUCUUCGUCGCCUCCGCCGCCCCGAGCUGGACGGGGGGUGGCCAGAGCGACCGGCUGGCUGAGGGCAACUCCCGGGGCAGCACAGCAGGCAAAGCCAGUGCUGAAGGGGCAGCAGCGCCCGCUGCCCUCCCCCUGCCCUCCCACUCCAAGCACGGCAGCAAGGACGGCAGCACGCAGACUGACGGGGCAGCCGAGAGCAGCCAGGGUGAGGGCACCGAGCGCCCGGCCGGUUCGCUGGAGAGCUCAGCCGCUGCCCGAGCCCCGGACCUGGCCGACAUGGUGGAGAUCCUGAUUUAAGGCCGCCCGGGGGUUGCCCACCAGCCCCUCUGCUCGCCCUGCCUGCACCCACCCGGGACGGAGGAGCCCGCGGGAAGGAGGACCGAGCCUGGAGCUCAGCGGUGGCCCCGCGGCCGGUCUCGGCGGGUGGCCCCGGUGUGUGGGAGGGCCACCGUCCCCGCUCAGCACCCACAUGGGUCCCCAGCUGCGCGGGGCGCGCUGGAGCCUGGGGACGCUGCGGUGGCGGCAGGGCCUCGCCACCCCCCUGUAGAUACACCCGGGUUUUGUACGACAGGAGCAAACGUAUUUAUCGUUUCCGCCUCUUCUCCUUCCCGAGGCAGGGGGAGUUUCUUCCCACCCUCUCCCUCCUUGGCUCCAUCCCCAUCCCAACUCCAUCUGGCUCUGGUUCUUGGCCAUCCGCACCCACCCGGCUGCUUGGCCUUCGACUGGAAAAUCCCUCCCUGUUUGCCAAACUGUACACGAGCCGAUGUCUUUGCGAGAGGGCAGAGCAGGGAGGGAUCCUCUGUGGCUCCCGUUGUCCGCCUGGAUGCAUGUGGCCAAGCCAAGCGCCGGGAGCCCCAAACCUCCAUCCAUCACCUGCAUCCCGCCUCGGGGUUUUCCUCAUGGGCGGGCGAGGGUUCAGGAUGGGGUGGUGGCGAAGCAAAAGAGAAAAUGCCAAUGGAGGGAAUGAAAGGUGGAGGAGAAAUCCCCUUGAAACCGGAGGUGAAACGCUCGGAGUGAACUGAGGACGGCUGAUGGAGGCGGUGGGACGCGCCACCCUUCUCGUGGCUUCAUCCCGCCGCCACAUCCCCCGGCUACCGGCAGCUGGCUUCUGCCCGUAGCCAGCUCCGACGUCUCGCUCCUCUGAGCUCGGAUGCUUCCCGUCCUUGCCCUUUGUGUAAAUAUAUAUAUUUUUUUUCCCCUUUUCUUUCUUCUUCAAACAUAUGCAUUUGCUGGACAACUGCAUUUUUUAUUUUUCUCUCCCAGACACGUAAAAAAUGCGUUCGGUUCUCGUGCAUUGUUUACAAAGUGGAAAACAAACAAACAAAAAAUUAUGAAAGAGGAAAAAAAAAACACACCCCACAACUUAAUAUAUUUUAUAUUAAUAUUGGUAUUUCUUUUUAAGUAUUGUUUUUUUCGUGCUGUGAACUUUGUUUUUUUUUCCCUGCCAAAGACGACGAGUUCUUGUUUGUGUGUUUUAAGUUAUCUUAAGUAUUUAAACGUAAACCUGGCUGUUUCGUUAUGCCGCCCUAUACCGAGAUUGCUGUAGCAUUCCACUUGGUAUAACAAUAUUUUAAUAAAAAAACCCCAAA